GAUAUCUAUGUAUUUCCCGUUCAAGAGGGCGAGACAGAGACGGAUGACUUUGGGGCCGAGUCGGGUCGGGUCGAAGCUUCUGCCUGAGAAAUAAGAAGAAAGUUCCAGAAACAGAGCAGAGAUUGGAGAUUGAAGCUCGAGAGCGCGCGAAAAUGAUCCCCGUCAAUGGCGUGAAGGUCCUUCGAUUGUUGGCUCGUCGAUCUCUCUCCUCAAGGCUUCUCGAAGAAUCGGGAAAUCUGAUUCCGAGGCAAGUCUUUGGAGGGGGCUGUCGGAGAUUCAAUGCGGGUAUCUGCAACCCCGUUAGUGUGAUCGGGAAUUACGCUACAAAAACUGGAAAUGAUCGCAAAAGGAUGGUUUUUGGAACUCUUAACGCUCAUUUGGGUUCAACAAGGUCGAUUCAUGGGACUGGCCCAUCGUUUAUGGCCGCCCGGGAUUUUUAUGAAGUACUUGGAGUGAGCAAGAAUGCCACAGAUGGGGAAAUAAAGAAAGCCUAUUAUGCGCUUGCAAAGCAACUCCAUCCUGACAUGAAUAAAGAUGACCCAGAAGCUGAGAAGAAGUUCCAGGAGGUCUCAAAAGCAUAUGAAGUUUUAAAAGAUAAGGAGAAGCGUGAGCUUUAUGAUCAGGUUGGGCCUGAAGCUUUCGAACAAAAUGCUGCAGGUGGUUUUUCGAAUGAUUCGGGUUUCGGUGGUGGGUUUAACCCAUUCGACAUCUUUGGGAACUUCAGUGGUGAUAUAUUCAACAUGUUCAGACAAGAUAUUGGAGGUCAAGAUGUCAAGGUAGCGGUUGAACUAUCUUUCAUGGAAGCUGUUCAGGGAUGCUCCAAAACUAUUACAUUUCAAACCGACGUGGCUUGUAAUGCUUGUGGUGGACAAGGCGUUCCUCCUGGUACGAAACGUGAAAAAUGCAUAGCUUGUAAUGGUUUAGGAAUGACAACAAUGAGAAGGGGUCUAUUAAGCAUCCAAAAAACUUGUCAUAAGUGUGGUGGAGCUGGUCAAACUUUCUCAAGCAUUUGCAAAACAUGUAGAGGGGCUAGAGUAGUUCGAGGACAGAAGAUCGUCAAAGUGAAUAUUGAUCCAGGAGUGGACAAUAACGAAACAAUAAAGGUUUUGAGGUCCGGUGGAGCUGAUCCUGACGGAGAUCAACCUGGAGAUCUUCAUGUUAUUAUCAAGGUUCGUGAAGAUCCAGUUUUCCGUAGAGAUGGAGCAGAUAUCCAUGUGCACUCUGUUCUAAGUGUCACCCAGGCCAUUCUUGGAGGAACCGUCCAAGUACCGACCCUCACUGGCAAUGUAGUGGUGAAGGUUCGCCCCGGAACCCAACCCGGUCAGAAAGUAGUUUUGAAGAAUAAAGGUAUAAGACAGAGAAAAUCGUCUAGAUUCGGGGAUCAGUAUGUGCAUUUCAACGUCAGCAUCCCUACAAACAUAACUCCGAGACAACGGGAACUGCUGGAGGAAUUCAGCAAGGAAGAGCAAGGUGAGUAUGAGAGACGGGCAGCCGCAGGAGCUUCCCGGUGAAAUAUGAAGCACAAAGGGCAACUAAGAAAACCGACAAAUGGUUAGUUUCCAACCGAUUUUUUGAGUGACAUACAUGAUUGGGUCAAUAAGACUAAGUUCAGUUACAGAGCAAUGGGGUUGGCCUCUCAACUACUAGUGGAGUAGAGUGCAACAUAAAAGAGGUUUUGUGCUUCUUGAAGCUUUAUAGAGAAAGGGCUUUGGUUGAGAGCAGAAAUAUGUACGAUGUUUGAGCUCUUAUCAGCUUUCAUGACAUGAUCACACCA